UUGUUCAUUGAAUAAUCUCUUGAUAAAGUUUGUCAUAUUGGUAUUCUCUCGUUUCUCCGUUCGUUUAGGUGUGAAUCAUAGAUAUCUAUGGUUCACACCUAAAAGAAGUAAAGGGCGCUUCCUCUGCUAAAUGAAUUUGCAGCGGAAUACGGCACAGGCUGGCCAGCAGGUCAGCUGGCUUGCUCAAGGAGACCUAGGUAGGCUACAGCAGCUCACAGUCCAAAGCUAACGGUAUAAAACGACCAGCGUAUUAAACACAUUCUUCAUUUCAAGAAGAUCCUCGUAGUCGACAUUAGCUCUUCCACACUUCUCACCAAUCAGCAUCAACUACAACUUCCUGGUCUUCCAUCGAUUUGAAUUUGAAACUCCACAAACCCUUCAUUCUUGCUUCUCAGACUCAAUUGUAUUUUGCACGUCUUCUAGUCUGAAAUCAACCUCAAUUUCAAAUUCACUGAUCGCGCCCACUUGUUUCAUACCCUGGUCCUUUAUCGAUCCAAAAUGGCCAUGAUUAAUACCAUCUUCGCUAAUCUGGUCGAAGAGGCCAAAGCAGCGUCUGCGGCGGCUUCAAAAACGGCCAUGAAUGAGCCGGUGGCCCACCUGGAAGAGCCCAGAGGAGUGGUAUGGGGCCAAAGAGGAGAGCAUGCUCAGACUCCCUUGGCCCCGGGCUCUAAUGAUUUGGCUCAAUAUUGGAACGUUCAAUCCUUGUUCCACUCGCCUCAGACCUGGCUGCAACUCUUCCGCAGCCUUCAGCACCAAAGCUUCUUGAAACAUUUCAAGAACCAAUAUGAAGCCCAGGAGACUCGGGUUUCCAUGCCUCAGCCUUUGUCAGAAGAUCAGCUACAUGAUCUUGUUGGCCGAUUGGUUCCAGACCCUUCGGUUUUCGCCCAAGGGGUCCCUGUUCCCGAGGAGUCCGUGAAACCAAUCACUGUCCAGGAAGAGCACGAGUACGUUGUUGUGGGCACAACACGAGCACGUAGAAAGAACCCUAGCAGCCCCGUCUAUUACAUUGUGGAUGAACAAGACCAAAUCGUUGUGAAUCCAGUGACUGGGAAACGUUGGGCCUUCUGUCCCAUAUGUCCCAAGGUAUUUGAGGACGAAAGUUCUGUCUAUCGACAUGAUGAUAUCCACAAGUCGGAACGUCACCAAUGUCCGCUCUGUGACAGAAGCUCCGUUCAAAGGUACGUUCAUCCAGAUAUUCAUCUGGAUUGGAGUAGUUCUCCAAUAGCAGGUUCAAAUGUGCACUUUUGUUCCCACUCCAGAUACAACUUGAGGAUCCAUAUGGAAACCCACAUCGGAAUGGACGUGCCCAAGGUUGUCAAGGACAUGUUACCCAAUGACUUCAGGGGCGUUAUCGACGGCAAUGCUGAAUUCAUUAACCCUGCAAGGUUUCGCAGGAAACUUGUGAGAACCUUGAAAAAGAGGAUCAAGGCCACCACAUGCAUGCAAACUGUUCAAAGCCUUCAAAGCAAGCUAUUGUCAUUGGAGCAUGGUAACCCGUGAUAUGUAAUAAAAUGGUGUGAAAAAAAAUUCUGUUGAUUGAUUGACCGUAACUCGGACUACAAAUAAGUCUAGAUUGUUGUUCAUUGGUUUGACGCCCUCAAACAGCACGAAGAUGAUAAAGAGUUUACGAAACAUAGGUAAA